AUGUCUAGCACGUCUCUAUCAGCAAGCGCCACCGCGCCUGUUACCUCUACUUCCAGUAUCUUCAGCUCCACUGUUCUCAGUACCAAUGCCAUCAUCACUUCCAGCUCAGCAGCACCUUCAUCCACAGCAACCGAGCCCCAUAGCAGCUCCGCACUCGCUGCUAAUAUCCUGGUUAUUGCCCGGGACGCCACCGAAGCAAAAGUCGCCUCCUCCGGUCUAAACGCAUAUGGCAUCCCCUUCACAACAUUGCUCGUCCCCAAGACAGGGGUCCAACUACCAGACCUAGAAUCUCCCUCUGGAGGCAGGUUUGGCGGGAUUGUGGUUUCUGGAGAAGUCAGCUAUGACUAUGGCAAUGGCACCUGGGCCAGCGGCUUGACUCCUAGUCAAUGGAAUCAACUGUACGCCUAUCAAAUUCGAUCCGGAGCCCGCCUGGUUGAGUACGACAUCAACCCAGGCAGCAAGUCUGGAACCAGGGCCGUGUCAGGCGGUUGCUGUGAGGCUGGCGUUGAGCAGCUGGUCUCCUUCUCUGAUACCAGCGACUUCCCUACUGCUGGUCUUCGUACCGGUGCUAAUGUCAGUACAAAGGAUCUCUGGCAUUAUCCAGCAGAGAUCGUAAACAGCACUACCACAAAGGCUAUUGCCAAGUUCGCGAGCAAUCAGGUUAUCGAGAAGGAAACAACAGCAGCGGUCAUCAACAAUUUCAACGGGAGACAGCAGAUGGCAUUCUUCACUGCGCUGGACCCGUCCUGGAGUCCAACCUCUGCGUAUCUGCAGCACGCAUGGAUCACAUGGAUUACCCGUGGGUUGUACGCAGGCUAUCGCCGUGUUAAUCUGAAUACCCAGAUCGACGACAUGUUCCUCAGCACGAGGAUGUAUAAAAGUGAGCGCAGCUUCCGCCUCACCCCGGCGGAUCUCGAUGGGAUCACCAGCUGGCUUCCGGCUGUUCGGUCAAGAUUGAACCCCGGCAGUACCUACUUCGUCGAGGUUGGCCACAACGGCAAUGGGAAUAUCGACGCAGCGACUGGGCAAGUUGGCGAGGCUCGCUGCAGCGGUGGUGCGAUCCAGCUCAAAGGCCCAGCUCCUACUCCUCCUGAAUUUAAAAAGCCGCUUGGGACUGGUUCGAAUGUCUGGCCGGCUGAGCCUCAUUCGUUUAACUGGGACGACUCCUGUAUGAACACCGACGAGCUGCUUCAGUGGUGGAAGAAGAACUAUAACGAAUACGCCCAUAUCUCGCAUACAUUCACGCAUCUUUCGCAGGAUAAUAUCACCUACGACGACGCCAGCAAGGAAAUCACCUUCAAUCAGGCCUGGCUAUCCCAAGUAGGCAUCUCCUCUGCAAACCGGUAUACAUCAAACGGCAUCAUCCCAGCAGCCAUAACAGGCCUCCACAACGGCGACGCCUUGCGAGCCUGGCACGACCACGGUAUCACAAACUGUGUAGGCGACAACAGUCGCCCUGCGCUCCGCAACCAGCAGAAUCCCAUGUGGCCGUACUUCAGCAGUGUCAGUGCGGAUGGGUAUAGCGGAAUGCAGGUGAACCCGCGGUGGGCGACGAGUAUAUACUAUAACUGCGAUAACCCAGACUGCAACGUUCAGCAGUGGAUUGAUGUAUUCUCAGGCAGUGGCGAUUUCAAUAACCUCCUUGCAGCGGAGAAGGAUUGUACCAUGGUGAAUAUCCUGGGUCUGUAUCAUGACGGCUACAUGUUCCACCAGGCGAACCUGCGUAACGAAAACGCGGACACUAUCACCGUUGGUAACUCUACCGGUCGAUACUCGAUAUUCCAGGCGUGGGUAGAGACUGUUGUCCAGGAGCUGGGCAGACUGGUGACAUGGCCUAUCGUGUCGACCACGCAUCAACAGAUGUCGGAUAACUUCCUCCGGCGGUAUAACCGUGACCAGUGUGAAUACGCCCUUACAUAUCAGGUUUCGGACAGCCACAUCACCGGCAUUAUUGUGACAGCAAAGAACAACGAAUGCAGCGCAGAAAUCCCUGUCACCUCGCCGGUUGAGCUGGGAAGACAUAGCUUUGCAACUGAACAACUCGGCAGUGAUCCACUUACUGUCUGGGUUGAGCUCAAAGGUGAUCCGGUCACCCUUGCUCUUGCUUCUCCGAUUCCGCUGUAA